AUGGUGAGGGACUUUAGCAGCACUGGACAGAAGAAUGAUUGCGUCUCGAGGUUCUGCCCUCCCAGGAAAUCGUGCCACGACUGGAUCGGACCCCCAGAUAAACACUCAAACCUGCGGCCCGUUCACUUCCACGUCCCCGAAGACGAGUCCGCAGCGGAACAGAAGCUCCGAGAACUCCGGCAGGAGACGCAGGAAUGGAACCAGCAGUUCUGGGCCAACCAGAACGUGACUUUCCGCAAGGAAAAAGAAGAAUUUAUUCACUCAAGACUAAAAGCAAAGGGCCUGGGCCUGAGAACUGAAUCAGGUCAAAAGGCGACACUGAAUGCAGAAGAAAUGGCUGACUUUUAUAAGGAAUUUCUAAGUAAAAAUUUUCAGAAGCACAUGCAUUAUAACAGGGACUGGUACAAGCGUAACUUUGCCAUCACCUUCUUCAUGGGCAGAGUGGCCCUGGAGAGGGUUUGGAACAAGCUGCGACCGAAGCAGAAGACCAGCAGCUAGGAGCCCGCCCGGCCACCCCCACCCGCGCGCCAGGCUUGGCGGGAAGCGGCUGGUUCUCAGAGCGUGUUCCCGGGAUCUCACCGGAGCGUGUUCCCGGAAUCUAACCGCCUGUCGGUGGCCGGGGUCCAGCCCUUCUCCCUGGGCCCCGGCUUAUGGCAGUGCCAGGCAGCAGGAGGAUGUGGCCCUGGUGCCCGGGGCCCGCGGCUCUGUCCCGCCCAGACUCCCGCUGGCUCUGGUCACAGAAGUGACGUUAAAUAAAGCCCGAGCCCUGUGUGCC